AUGGUGGCCUCUGAAUUCCCUAGAAGACUGUACACCAAAGGGUUUGAGCCAGCCCCGGAUAAAAGCAUCGGCUAUUAUUCUGAUGAUUAUAGGCUGGUACCUGCACUAAAGUCAGCUCUACAAGAGGAUGAAUGGGAAGAGAUUUACGAGUCACCGUUGGGUGUCUUUUUAAAGUUCCACGACUUGGAUUUUGGUUGGGCUUCUAGGCUGGUGCACCACAUGCUGACCUUUCAGAUAGUUUGCAAGCAGAGGUACGAGAUAUGGAGCCUGAUUGGUACCACUCCAGUUCGGUUUUCAUUGCAUGAGUUUGAGGAGAUCACCGGACUCAACUGCGGGUACGUGGAUGACUUGGCUUUAACUGAUCUUGCGCUUUCUGAUGACACGCGUGCAUUUAGGGAGCUAAUGGGGGUUAAUGCCGAGUCGGGCCCAAGCACUAUCGAAAUUAUUGAAGCCUGUUCCAACUGCUCAUCAUGGUCUCGGGAUGAUAGGCUGUCGUUGGGUUAUCUUGGGAUCUACGCUGGUUUCAUAGUGGCAACGAGACCUGGCUUAUCCACAAAUGUCAACCAUGCCAGACUACAUUUGAUCAAGUCUGUUAAGGAGAAAGAUCUCAGCAAAAACAUUCAUAUAGAAGGAUUUGUGCAAGCUCUUCAAGUGUGGGUGUACUAUGCUCUGUCGGAUUUUGCUGCUGAAUUUGGCAAACCAUUGCCAAAUGAUAUUCAACCUCUUAUGCUGGCUUACAAAGGAUCAAGAGGACGAAAGAACGUCAAAGCCAACAUGCUAAAACAGGCUCGCAUACAGUGCUGCGUGGCUAAGGACUUGGCGGAUAUGUUUCCCGUGUGGGAUGAUGACGAACAGGAUCCAGAUAUUGUCAAGAUUGUCAAUGCAAUCCAUGACCCCCAUUUUAAGUUCUCAAAAAACCAUUGGCCUUUGGAAGGUGUUUUGGGUGCACACAUCGUCAAGGCAGAAGCCGGAAAGAGGAGCCUUCCCUCAGAUGAAUCAAGUCGCAAGAGACCCUGCACAGCAUCUACCUCUGCCGCCUCAUUCGUUGGUGAUGAAGGGGUCGGAGUUGUCGCUACUAUGAAAGCGCACUUCGACCAAUGCUUUAAAAGCUUUUCAACCAAGAUGCUGAAUGGUCUUGGUAGCUGUGAAAAACAGAUCAAACGUCUCACCGAGAAGGUUGAAUCUGUAGAGCGUGCGGUAGAGGAGUUGACUACAGGGUCGGCAAAGCACACUGAGGAAGAGGUUAAAGACAAUGUAGAGCCAACCCAGCAGCAGGGCACUGGAUCCAAGAAGCAUGAAGGGAGUAAUUCAGAUAAAGAUGAUGCUCUGAUGAAAGAUAAUGUCAACGUUGGUGCGUGUGAGAGUGUUAACGCCCUCGGGGAUGUAAAAGGAAAGAAGGCUGCCAUGACGGAAGAAGAGGCCCCAGAGCCUAUUUUUUGUGAAAUUGACCCGAAGAUGUGUGAUGUUGACUUCGACGCGGUUGCACUAGCCAAAAAUGCCAAAGCCAGAGCAGCGGCUCAGAUAGUUGCCCGAGCAACGAGUGCCAGACACCGACAACUGCCUGCGACACAGAAGAGUCCGUUCUUAGGAAACAGCACCGCAAAGUCCAUCAUUCCAUCGUCGGCAUCUCACUCCGGCCGUGUCCGUGGAUAUGAUCCUUUCGAUCAAAUCGGUGUCAAGGCGAAGUAUACCACUCUAAUGAACUUUAUCAAAGCAAACCCUGCCUAUCCAAGACGCCCAAAAAACUCUUCGAUCGACUGGUAUUACAUUCUCCGGACACCGACGAAAUGGCUAGCUGAUACUCACAUGGAAGCUUACAUUAACGUACUCAGGCUGCGAUUAUCCAAGCAUCCGGAGUGGUUUGUAUCCGACCGGAUUUGCUUCCUCAACUCCAUGUUUGCUACUGUUUGGAGGCGUGACUAA